AUGGCUCACAGGUCCUCCGCCUCCGUAUCUACGACCAGCCUCGCUCCGCCAGGCUCUGGCCCGCCCUUGUCCCAGCGACGAAUGUCCCUUCCGCCCCCGCCCGCUCCCCUCGACUUGCCGGAGCCCGUGUCCAACCACAGGCGGCCCCCCUCUCCACUCAGAAACGGGUUUGCCAUUGAUCCGCGCACCGGCGAGCUCACCAACUCCUCUGAAGACUCGCAAAGCCGUGAGCACUGGGGACAGCGCCCCAUAUCGCCUUCGCCAUCGGUCGGCCAACUCGCCACCAAUCUCGCCCAGCACGUCGGAUCGUUCAUUAACAGCAUGGGCGCCGCGCGAUCCCCCGGCCUCCCGACCGACCAGGAGCUCGAGGCCGAAGCCGAACGCGAACGCGAACGCAGCCGCCGCGAGGCCGAGCGCAUCCUCGCCAGGGAGGCUGAGGAGCGAAUGACCGUUGAACAGCGUGUUAUGGCCAUGCUCGCGAACGCCCCCGACGAUCUCCGCCCCCCUCCAUCUCGGUCACAAACAAUGCCUGGCACUCCCCCUUCGCCCUCGCAAUCCCAGAAAGACGCCAGCUGGUGGUCCCUCGCGAAGCAGAAGCUCACCCCGACCAAAGACUCUUUGACGCCUGCCCAGCAGAUCAUUCAGGACACCAAGCAGCGCGACAAGGAGGUCGAGAAGGAGAAGAAGAAGGCCGAGAAGGCAGACAAACGCCAGAGGAGCAAAGAGUGGCCUUCUACCCCCGAGCGCAGACUUGACGACCCCGCAUUCAUCAAGCUCGGUCUCGCCGCAUCGCCCGGCCGUGCGAUGCCUGCGUCACCAACGCCAAACCCGCGCGGUAUGAGCAACCCUCCGAGUCUUGCAGCGUCCCCGAUGCGCUUUCCAGAGUCGGACACAGAAGGUGGUGUGUCUCCGUCUCGCGCUCCUCCACCACUAUAUGCGCAGUUCAACCCGCAAGGCGCGCUCGAUGUUCCCAGCACACUCCUCACCAUCGCAAAACGGUUCGAGAAGCUCGAGAAGUGGACCGUCAGCCACGUGCGUGCUCUCGAGGAGCGCAUGGACGAUGUCGAACGAUGGCUAGUUGAGAAGGAGCGCGACAAGGAGGACGGCCACGGUGCCAACGGAGACGCAGGCGGUGCUCUCGGCGAGAUAAGAGAGGAGAUGGCGGAACUGCAAGGCAGGAUCGGCGAGCUGGGUCGCGAAAUGGCGAAGAUGGUUAUCUCACCGGGCAACCUGUCCUCCGGUCCUGGCCGGAACACAACCCUUGCCCGUGCCCCUUCCACGAGCUCCUCCAUUGCGGUCCAGUCUAUCUCCAAGGUGGUUAGUCCCCCUCGCGCCACUCCUCCCCGCACGACCGAUGCCACAAGCCCGGUCACUACCCCUAUUCCCUCGAACCGCAACAACGGCUCGCGAACGCGCCUACCAUACCCUACCGGCGACUACGCCUCCCCUCCCGACUCUAACUUCCUCAACGGGCCUUUCUCGCCGACGAACUCGCCUCCAGCUUCCCUUAGCCAGGCUUCGAAAGGGCGACAGCUCUCCAUCUCCGGCCUGCCCUCGCAUGAGAACGAUGCCUUCUCCGUAGGUCUUAGCACCUCCCCAACACCUUCCGGACUGCCAUCGAGCGCGAGCGAGAGCAGCGGCCUGAGCAGGAGCAAGCCUCCCAGCGCGGCCACCUCUCCCUCCGGCCUCCCCGCUCCCCACCCCCCAGCCUGGCGCCCCUCCAGCGCGUCCCCGACCCCGCGCAAGCGCUACACCGUCGCGCUCGGCACGCAGAUCAUGCCCCGCGAGUCCAGCCGCGACGCCGCGCAGCCCGCCCCGCGACCGUCGACCCCCGCCUCGCACCACUCGCGCGAGGUCAGCGCGGUCGGCACCGCGUACUUCUCCACCUCGCCCGUCUCGGCGCACUCCGCGCUGCAGAGCGACUACGAGCCCGAGCCGGACGCGGACGACGACGAGUCCGAGGACGACGUCGGGGAGGAGACGAUCGGCCGCUCCGUCGGCCGCCAGGUCUCCAGCCACUCGCACCGGAUGUCCGUGUCCGGCGCGCUCGCCCUCCCCGCGCCGUCGGCGUCGUCCCCGCCGGCGUCGCCGCCGCAGCCGACGCGCCGGCAGCGGCCGCAGUCGAUGUACGCGCCGAUGGCGAGCCAGGCGCUCGUCGCGCCGACGUCGACGAUCACCCCGCUGAACGUGCGCCUCCGGUCGCGGUCGACGGACCGGCUCGGGGAGCAGGCGGGGGCGGCGCCGCCGGCGACGCCGUCGUCGGGCAAGUUCGUCGACCCGCUCCUCGUGCGGCGGCAGCAGACGCGGCAGGGCACCGUCGUCGCGCCGAAGGCGGUCCCGGGGAAGAAGGUGCCGGUCGGGCAGCUGGUCGCGUUCUUCGACCAGGAUAAGUAA